AUGAAGAUCGCUUUCCUCUCAGCAUUUUUCGCGGCAACUGCUAUUGCGGCGCCGUCCAACUUCCCGACUAACACCACCUCGGGUCCUGAUGAGAAUGGCAAGUACGAGAUCUCUGCCGAAGGUAUCCGCGGGCUGUUCAUUCCCUACGGAGCCUCCAUCUCAAACCUUUUCAUUAAGGGCAAAGAUGGCGUAGAGCGCGACAUCGUCCUUGGUUUCGACAACGCUUCGUACUACUCGAUCGACCCCGUUCACCCUCACUUUGGAGGUGUUCCCGGACGCUACGCAAACCGCAUCAAGAACAGCACGUUCAAUAUCGAUGGGGUUGAUUACCACAUCACACCCAACGAGAACGGUGGUGCCAACACACUGCACGGCGGUGUCGACGGAUGGGAUUGGCGCAACUUCACGGUUGUGGCGCACACCAAGUCUUCGAUCACUUUCUCAAUCGUUGACCCUGAUGGCAAGGAGGGCUUCCCUGGUGAAGUCAUCAGCUACAUCACGUACACCAUGUCCCCCAACACCUGGAACAUUAAGAUUGUCGCCCUUGCAACUACCAAGAAGACACCCAUCAUGUUAACUUCGCACACUUACUGGAACUUGGACGGCUUCCAGAAUCCCGACACACCGACUGCUCUGAACCACACCCUGUACCUGCCUUACUCCGGCCAGCGUGUUGGUGUUGACAAUAUCCUUAUUCCCGAUGGUACCAUCCUUCCUAACGAGAAGUACUCCGUCAACGACUUCUGGUCUGCGCCCAAGCAAGUCGGUGCCAACCUGACUGCGCCCGAGCUUCUCGGAAACUGCGGUUACAACUGCACCGGUUAUGACAACUGCUACGCAGUCAACCGUGACCAGAACGGACCUUUCGACUGGCGCAUGUCCGGUCCCGUUGCAUCACUGUCCAGCGCGUGGUCCGGCAUCAAGGUCGACAUCUUCACCGACCAGGAGGCUUUCCAGGUCUACAGCUGCGGUGGCCAGAACGGUUCCCUUCCCAUCAAGUCUACUCAGGGCCUUGACAGCCGUCGCCGCACCGUUGAGAAGUACGGCUGCGUCGUCAUGGAGGUCCAGGAUUAUAUUGAUGCUAUCAACCAGCCUGAGUGGCAGCGCGAGAAGAGGCAGAUCUUCGGUCCCAACGACCCUGCUUACACACUAGAGGCUGACUACGUCUUCUCGACUGAGGGUUAA